UUGCGCACGUACGCAAUCGCUUGCAGGUACUUUCCGGCACUUCUACUACAUCAAUAUCCACCAGCGAACGAUAAUGUAACCUCGCCACACGUGGUUUUAGUCGAACAUUGAAACUUCGCGCGGCAGCUAGAGCUGCACCCCCCUUGGUCGUCGGUGUGAAGCCAGGGAUAGGGAGGAGAAAAGUGAGGAGAAAAGUGAAAAACAGGAAUAAAAAACGGUGAAACAGCUAACUUACCGGCGAAGGAUUCGCAUAGGAGCAGCUGAGCAAACGAUGAUGAUUUAUCCGUCGGCGUACCGUCAGCACCACCGGCGCCGAGGGCUCCAUCCGCAGCAACCGGUGUCGGAUGUAGUGCGGAACCAUAAACCGUACCGACUAUCGGUAGGAUUUCCGCGCUGGGUACCGAUCGUCAUGGUGAUCAUUUUCAUUAAUCAGCUUACCGAAGGCCUGUUGCUGAACGAGACGUUGAUAACGCAGAAGCAUCAACACCACCGGUACACGAUUGAUGAGCUGCUCGAUGCGCGCUUUCCGAAAAGCAUCUCUGGUGACAUCGACAUGGAUCCUUGCAAAUCGAGUGGAUUUAUGGGCGACAUCGCAAUGCCGAACGUAAAUUAUGAAACCGAAUGGCAGCGCCAGCGAAUGAACAAGAGCCUCGAGCAGGACAUUGUGAAGCUGAAGCAGGAGGUGUAUCUCGAGGGGUUGCAGGUCGAGGAGGAAGGCAUGACGGACAUGAUACGGAAGAAAACGAAACAGCGCGCCUCAACGCCACUGUCCGGUAUGACGUCCGCCACGGGUGGUCAGUACGGGCAUUCACCAUCGGGCACGUCAUACGAGAGCGAAAAUUCCAUCACGGACAGUUCCGGUGAACCUCCGGUGCGGGCCACCAUUAUCGACAACCGGGAUAACAUUAUUGUGCGCCGCGAACCCGCGACGGUGGGGGACACGGUGAGCGAGAAACAAACUGCCACGCCUAACAAGAAAAAUGCAACCGGUGCCAUGCGGAACAUUGACCAUAAUCGGAUCCAGUCCAACACGAAGGACAUCGUUAUCGAUUCGAUCAGCGAUAAUAUUAUCAGCAACAAUCACGCCAGUAGGAAAGUAGUCACAUUUGCCUUAGUGACGAAAACACCGACGACGACAGCGGCUUCCGUAACCGUCGGCAUGCAAUCCCGGACAGUCCCGCAAGGGGCAGGAGGAAGCAACGAGACUACGGUUCCAGGUACACCCGUAGUGGAGCUUGCGAGACGACAGCAUCCAUCGAAUGAGCAGAGCGGCCAGCUAACGAGCGGUAACGCAGAACAAGAUGCUGGUCAGGUCCGCACCCGCGGUCGUCACCAUCGCAGACGUCGGCAGCAGCAACAUUCGCCUUCCCAACAUCCCAAGUUUCACGAUGCGGAUGACGGCAUAACGGACAGCUCUGCCCCAACAGCGAAAACCACAUCCAAACAGUCCUCGUCGAAUGGGACGGUCAACAAAAACUCGUACCACUCACGGUUGGAACGUUUGCGAGUCGAGCUGGGCACCGUGACGUACUCGGUUCGGGAUCGCAAUCUUCGAUCGAGCCACCGCCGGGAGCCGCACCAUCAGGACGAACCGGACGGGCGAAGGGCACACGCCCGUACACCGAAGAAAAAGCGACGUCGCGUUGGAGGUGACAGCAAACGGAAGCAUCAUCAGGAUGUCAUCACUAACGACCACGGCAAGCGCGACAACGAUGACGGUAAUAACAACGAACAGCGGGAGACCAUGCCCGUUGAUAUGGGCCCCACCUCCAGUGCCGGUAAGCUACGGGAUGGGAAGACCGGAUGGGACGAUGGAAACCACGGCCAGUCGUAUCAUCCUCGCGCUCAACAUCGUCAUCGUUCCGAGCACCACCUUUACGAACGACCUGCCGGGGCACAAUCCACCGGAUCGGUGCAGGACGAACGCGACAAUGGCAUGAAUUUGCAUCACCGACCGGACCAUAAAGCACAGGCUCCGGGUGCUCAAGAUUCACCCCCACCGUACUUACCUGUUGAGGACGAAGCAGAAAGCCAUGUUUACUAUGCAUCAGACGAUCGGGACCAUCAGCAUCAUCGCGUGGCACGGGCAGCCACGGCAAAGAAGGAACGCAUCUGGGACUUUGGCGUCAUACCUUACGAGAUUGAUGGGAACUUUAGCGGCAUGCACAAGGCCCUGUUCCGGCAGGCGAUGCGUCACUGGGAGAACUAUACGUGCAUCAAGUUCGUCGAGCGCAACCCAAUUGACCAUCCGAACUAUAUCGUUUUCACCGAGCGUGCCUGCGGCUGCUGCUCGUUCGUCGGCAAACGGGGCAACGGACCGCAAGCAAUUUCAAUCGGUAAGAACUGCGACAAGUUUGGCAUUGUGGUGCACGAGCUGGGUCACGUGGUUGGGUUCUGGCAUGAGCAUACGCGCCCGGAUCGGGAAAACCAUGUCGUGAUCGAGAAGAACAACAUCGUGGUUGGGCAGGAGUACAACUUCAACAAGCUCACCGAAGAUGAGGUGAACUCGCUUGGCUUACCGUAUGACUACGAUUCGAUAAUGCACUACGCGCGUAACACGUUCUCCAAGGGUACCUAUCUGGAUACGAUCUUUCCCAUCGAAAUACCGGGCCGGAAGAGGCCAGAAAUUGGCCAACGGUUGCGUCUCAGCGAGGGAGAUAUCGCACAAGCGAACCUACUGUACAAGUGUGCCAAGUGCGGACGCACGUUCCAGGAAAACUCGGCCAGCUUCACCUCCCCGACGUACUACUCCACGACACCGCCGACCGAACCGGAACGCUGCGAAUGGCGCAUCACGGCUACACACGGCGAAAGGAUAGUUCUGAAUAUAACCGACCUGGAUAUUUACAAAUCAAACAGCUGCCGGUCCGAUUACCUGGAGAUUCGGGACGGUUACUGGCACAAGUCGCCGAUACUGGGCAAAUUUUGCGGUUCCGGCAAGGUGAAUGAGCUCAUCCGCUCCACCGGCAGUCGUAUGCUGCUCACGUACACAACCACCUUCCGGCAGGCAUCGAUGCGGGGCUUUGCGGCCAACUACGAAGCAAUCUGUGGCGGCGAUAUGAAUCUCGAAUCUGGCGGACGUCUCGAAUCACCCAACUAUCCCGUCGACUACCUACCGAACAAGGAAUGCAUCUGGCGCAUCACCGUCCCGAAGGACUAUCAGGUCGCCUUAAAGUUUCAAUCGUUUGAAGUGGAAAACCAUGAUAACUGCGUUUACGAUUACGUCGAGGUGCGGGACGGCGGUACGGCGGACUCGCGGCUUAUUGGUGUUUUUUGCGGCUACAAAAUACCGCCCGAUAUGAAAUCAACGUCCAACAAGCUGUUCGUAAAGUUCGUAUCGGAUGGGUCGGUGCAGAAGGCGGGAUUUUCGGCUACCUUCAUGAAGGAGGUGGACGAGUGCGAGCACAUGGAUCAUGGUUGUGAGCACGAGUGCAUCAACACCCUCGGAGGUUACGAGUGUGCCUGCUACAUCGGUUACGAGCUGCACAGCGAUAAGAAAUCGUGCGAAAAUGCCUGCGGAGGUCAACUGGACACCCCGAACGGGACUAUCCUUUCGCCGUCCUUCCCGAAAGAGUACCCCAUCAUGAAGGAGUGCGUGUGGGAGAUAGUGGCAAUGCCACAGCACAAAAUCACCCUCAACUUUACACACUUCGACCUGGAGGGUAAUACGUUUUAUCAAGCGUCCGAAUGCGAAUAUGACUACGUGGCCGUGCUGUCGAAAAGCCCGGACGGAACGCUUCACAAGCACGGUUCGUACUGUGGGUACACCGUACCGGCACCGAUUACGUCCGAGUGGAAUAUCCUGCGGGUGGUGUUUAAGUCUGAUAAGACGAUCCAGAAGACGGGCUUUGCCGCUGUUUACUUUACCGACAUUGAUGAGUGUGCAGUCAACAAUGGAGGAUGCCAGCAGGAGUGCAAAAACACCGUCGGCUCGUACGUUUGCUCCUGCCGCAACGGAUACACGCUGCACGACAAUGGGCACGAUUGCAAAGAGAGUGGCUGCAAGCAUGAGAUUUUUACACCGCACGGCCAAAUCCUUAGUCCCAACUAUCCCGACUACUACCCACCGAAGAAGGAUUGCAUCUGGCACUUUACCACCACGCCCGGCCAUAGGAUACGGUUGGUUUUCAACGUGUUUGAUAUUGAGCCGCAUCAGGAAUGCGCUUACGAUCACAUCGUCAUCUAUGAUGGAAACUCACCAGACAGCCACACUUUGGGGCGAUUCUGUGGCGCCAAGAUACCGCAUCCCAUUUCGUCUUCGUCAAACCAGAUGUACAUGGUGUUCAACACGGACACUAGCGUGCAGCGGAAAGGUUUCUUCGCGAGCCAUUCGACCGCUUGCGGUGGGCGCCUAAAGGCGACCGAAGUCAAGAACCACUUCUACUCGCACAUCAAGUUCGGCUCGGGCAUGUAUGACAAUGGGGCCGACUGCGAGUGGACGAUUGUGGCCGAUUCCGGCCAGAACGUACAACUAAAAUUUCUAAGCUUCGAACUGGAGGAGGAAAAGAUGUGCUCGUACGAUUACGUCGAGGUGUACGGCGGAUUGGAUGACGAAAGUGGCCCUCUGCACGGAAAAUACUGUGGCAAUGCGAAUCCGCCGGAAAUUAUCUCGAUGCACGAGGCGCUAAUGGUGCGGUUCCGUUCGGACGAUACGGUUGGAUUCAAGGGCUUCUCGGCUGCGUACGUCGCAAUCAAGUCGAACGAUGACGUGCUGACCACUGACGAAGAAGGUUCUGAUAGUUCCGAUAUCAUCCCGUUUCCCGGUUCACUAAAAACAGUGUUCAUCAAACAGGGCGAAGAUAUGGACGAGGAGGAGGAGGACGACGAUAUCGAUUAUGAGAUCUACCCAAACCGACCAACCAACGCUAAGAUGCACAUCGCGGUGCACAACGAUAUACGCUCAUCUCAGGCGAUCGACUGAAACAUAAUCAAAUACUUUGCCACGUAAGGUGUUGUUGCAUACGCCAUCGGUACCACCGGCCACACAACCCUGCGCGAGCUGCCACUGCAUGGACAAUAUAUUAUCAACCUAUCAUUUCUCCAGCUCUGCCGGUCCUGGUUGUUCCAGAUGAUCCGAUCCAGUGCAGGAGACGAAUGUAUCCGUCUGACAUGCUCAAAGUUCAUCCGAAAUAUGCGAAUGGAUCGGAAGCUAGUGUAAGUGUAACUUCAAUUCUUGAACUCUUGCCAGAACCGUGUAUCUCUGGAUUAGCACAGUACUCUUUUCUUAUUAUUUAAUCCCAUUACCCUGGACUCUAUGUUCGGUAAUGGUUAUUAAAUGGAAGGAACGAUCGAUAGACAGUUUAAUGCAGAUAGGGAGAUCCCAAGUGUAGAUAGGACUCACCACACGACGGUUAGGAGGAAACAGUCUUGCAAGGAAUUCUUCGUGCAAAGUAACGAUCGUUGAUCGUUGCGUGUAAUCUACAGUGAACCAAAAUUGUAGUAAGUAAUUUUAACAGCCAUAAAUAAGCCAACGGAAUAUAUAUAUACAUAGAUAUAUAUACAUAUAUAUAUAGUUAUAUUUACAUUACAACCUAAGCUGGUAAGUCUUAUUGAAGAAAAUCUUUAGCAAUUAAUGUUAGGAAAAUUACUACUAAAUAUAGCGAAGUCUCUGUUUUACUACAUCUUAAAGUUUUCGUUUAGUCGGCUCUAGCCUUCUUCCCGGUAGUCGUAAUAGAGAUAGCGAACCGUGCGCUAGACGAACUGUUUCUCAAUCGAGUUGACUUUUAGGAGCGUUACAUAUUGUUCUAUAAAGUUUCAUUCCUCUCAUAUCAGCAUCGUUUGGGGAAAACGGCCGUUUUCCCUUCGAUCACACUCUAAAUCUUCCCAGGACCGGGACGUGCCACAGUAACGGUCUCCAGUAGUUUGUAGAUACAGUUUAGGCGUACGAACUCGACGGUAGCUAGUAUGUAAUGCGAAUUGCGGUGACGUGCAAGCGCCAUGGCGAUCAUGCCAUUUUGUGUAUGUUUUUAAAUGAAAGGAACAAUAAAUC